AUUAUCGACUUUUAAUGAUCGAUAACGAUUGUCACAAUCGACUAUCGAUUCGCUGCAUAUAAAGCUGCAUCGUCAGUGUUUGUAAUUAUAAUAGGUUAUUUUGAUUAUUUUAAGUUGGCUUUUUUGCGUAGUGCUUUGUGAUAUAUUGCCACCGUGUUGGUGGCGAUUAGUUUAAGAACAGUUGAAAUAAUUUUAAUAAUUCACGAGACAAAAUGAACGCACCACCAACCUUUGAAUCCUUCUUAUUAUACGAUGGAGAAAAAAAAAUAAUAAAAGAACAGGACACCAAGGUACCAAAUGCUACUAUCUUUACAGUUAACAAAGAGGAUCACACUCUGGGAAACAUGAUCCGCAAUUAUUGCUUUCUAUUCUACAGCCAAUUACUGAAGGAUCCUCAAGUAUUAUUUGCUGGUUACAAAGUCCCUCAUCCACUGGAACAUAAGUUUGUUAUUAGGAUACAGACAACGUCAGAUUAUACUCCUCAGGAAGCUUUUAUGCAUGCUAUUACUGAUUUGAUUGCAGAGCUGUCAUUGUUUGAAGAACGUUUUAAGGAGGCGAUUAAAGAGAAAAAGGAAGGUUUAGAUUAAAUUGCCAAACUUAAUAUAUCUGUACAUUCUAUAGUUUGCAAAAUUCUUUACAUCUUUGAUUUAAUUUAUAUAUAGUAUAUAUUUAUAUUGAGACAUUACAAAUGCAGUUAGGAAAAGGUAAUUAUGUAUGUUCGAAAAAGUGAAUCAGCUCAGAAUAAUUUGCAAAAUAGCUUUGUAAAUCAAUUUAUACAUGUUUGACUAUUGUAAUGACAAUUGAAUCUUGAGCAGAUUUCACUUUUGUAAAUAUUUCAAAUAUAAGUGUUUUAUGUGUUGAAAAA